AUGGCUAGAACGAAGCAAACUGCAAGAAAGUCCACUGGUGGUAAGGCACCAAGAAAGCAAUUGGCCUCCAAGGCUGCAAGAAAGUCCGCUCCAUCUACCGGUGGUGUUAAGAAGCCUCACAGAUAUAAGCCAGGUACUGUUGCUUUGAGAGAAAUCAGAAGAUUCCAAAAGUCUACUGAAUUGUUGAUCAGAAAGCUACCUUUCCAAAGAUUGGUCAGAGAAAUUGCACAAGAUUUCAAGACUGAUUUGAGAUUUCAAUCUUCUGCUAUCGGUGCUCUACAGGAAUCUGUUGAAGCUUACCUAGUGUCUUUAUUUGAAGACACCAACUUGGCAGCUAUCCACGCAAAGAGAGUUACCAUCCAGAAAAAGGAUAUCAAGUUGGCAAGAAGAUUGAGGGGAGAGAGAUCCUGA